AGGCAACUAUGGCUGCGGUUGAAGAGCUCAGGAGCAAGCACCGACGGCCACUCGAGCAGGACCUUGGACGAGGGAUUCUUCUUAUCAACCCUAAAGGGCCUAAAACACAGAGUCAUAUUUUCAGGCUGCACCAAUAAUCUUCCAAUUCCAUGCUUGGCCUAUGAUGAGAUGGAUCUAUUGUAAUUCUAGGUAUUGGACUUGCAUGACCGCACUGAAUACUAAUAUCAGUUCAUUUCUUGAAUGUUUGGGCCAGCAUCAAAUACGCAAUGGAGAGGGUUUCUGCUGCAGAGAAGGUUGUGAUAGGCAGCAAGGGGGAGAAAAAAGGCCACCGGAGCAAGAAAGACAAGGGGAAGAGAAAGGGAAAGAAAGACAAGGCCCAGGGUCAUGGGGGUGAUGGUGAUGGAUCAAUUCAAUCUGAUGACAUGAAUCAUAGUGUUGAGAUAGAGCAAGCUGAAGUUUUGGCUGAGAUGGCUGAAAAACCAUGCUUGGAGCAUGCAGAAGACAUCAUGAGCAAAAGUGAUGUGAAGGAAGACAGGAAAAAAAAGAAGAAAGAUAAAGAGGCUGACACUAUCAGCCAGAAGCAGAUACUUGAUGCUAGUGAUGUAAGUGUUGGGUCAGGGUAUGUAGAAAGGAACAUGGGAAAAGGAGAACAUGAUAGUAUGUCGAAGAAGGGCAAACGGAAACACCGGGAUGGUGAGACUUCCUUAAAUGGUUCUUGUGAUGAUCAAAUUGUUUCAAGGGGCGAUAAGAAGAAGAAAAGGAAUGAGCGUUCAAUUACCUUGGAAGAGGGCAAUGAAGCUGACAUGUCAAUGAUGGGGCAGAAGACAAAGGGCAAGAAAAAGAGGGGAAAUGAGAGAGAUAAUGUUGGUGUAGACCUAAGUCAGAAUAUACCAGCUGGAAAUGGGAACAGUUGCAACAAAGAGAAAAAAGUAAAUGUGGCACAUGGAAAGGACAAGGGUAAACGAGUGAGCUUCACUGAUGAUGUGGAGGUGUUUAAAAUAGAUGGUGGUGGUGGUGAUGAAGAGGGUGAUGGGAGUGGUGAUUCUGAACUGGUGCAUGGCCAACGGUUUACUCAUGAGGAAGAUGUGAAACUAAUGGAAGCCAUCCAGAAAUAUUCAGAGAUAAACCAGUUGGGAGACAAAGGGUUAGAGAUGAUUCGGGAGUGCAAAAAAUAUCCAGAGACCAGGGGUUGUUGGGCUGAAAUAGCAAAAUCAUUACCUCAUAGACCCGUGAUGGCUGUGUACAAACGAGCGCGGAUUUUACUUUAUAGAAGUGAUGAACGUAAAUGGACUCCAGAGGAGUACGAGAUAAUUCGACGGUUUGUUGAAAAGAAUGGCACAGGUUGGAAGGAAUUGGCAACAGAACUUGGAAAGAGUGAAAUCCAUGUAAAAGACACAUGGAGACGAAUGAAACCCAAAAAUUUAAAAAAAGGGACUUGGACUCAGGAUGAAUACCAAAACUUGUUUGAUUUGGUAAAUUUGGACUUGCGUGUGAAAGCACACCAAAAGAUCGCUCCUACUCAUCGCCAGCUAAGGGAUAACAUUUCCUGGGAGGCCAUCAGUGAAAAAUUAACCACCCGUAACAACAAGGACUGCUGCUUGAAGUGGUACCAGCAAUUAGCAUCGCCACUGGUUAAAGAAGGAAUCUGGGCAGAUAUUGAUGAUUAUCUGUUGAUGGAAGCGCUUCAAAAGGGUGACGCUGUUUGUUUUGAAGACGUUGACUGGGAGAGACUUCUUGAUCACAGAUCUGGGGAGCUUUGCCGUCAACGGUGGAACCAGAUGGUCCGCAUGAUCGGCGGCCAUAGAGAGAAGCCUUUCAUUGAGCAAGUGGAAGUGCUUGCCAGGCGCUACUGCCCGGAAAUGCUUGAUUACAGGAAACCUGAAGCGUCCGACUUAUCGCCAGACGAACUUGCUGGAGAAUCUGACUCGUAAUGAAUAGCAUAGCCCUCGUACAUCUCACCUGCCAGCGUCUGUUUGUGCCCUGUAAAUUUGUUUGCCUUUUGUUAUGUAUGGCAUCUGUGGAAAUAUUAGCAGUAUAUGGUUCAAGCUUCAGCGCAGACUGCAACGAUGUCGCAUUUUGACCAGAACUAUAUUGUUGAGAGCAUGACUGGCGUUACCUGCUCUUGUAUCUGAUUAAGUGUUGUUGCUUCACCGAAUGUUGUUCUACACUUGUGCUUCAAUUCUGGAUGA